GCGAGGGUGUCCCUUUUACGAAUCUGAGACAGGAAGUGGUUGUUUAGGUAGCUUACAGAAGGUGACUACUGAUUAGACCCAAGGCCCAAUAUCUCAUACACACUCAGCCUGGACUUUGCCUCUUCGGGAAUGCGGAGACCUGCCUUCUUUUGCCACACCUGGAAUUAAAUCCCUUCUUUCCUGGUACUUUCACUUAGAUCUAAAUGUAUCAAGGAAGUGGAUCUCUCCACUUUGAGGGAACUUGGAAAGGUGAGGACCCUAAGGGAAACUGGAGCUUGGGAACUGGCAGUGAAGAGCCAGGAAGACAGACAAACAUCAGUUGAUUGGGUCUGAGGAAGGUAGGGAAAAGAGCCUGGAGCAAGGGCAGGCCGGCAUCAGUCUUCCAACCAGUGGGGCCACAGAAGCAGGUGGGCUGUGUUCAGGACCACACACUUAAAGACCAGGUGCUUGCUGACCCAGCUUGGAGACCCAGCUUCUUCACGUCUACUGCAGAGCCCAGCAAUGUGGAAUUACCUGUCCUUGCUGCCUGUCAUCUUAGUUCUGUGGGCUAUAGCUGGCAUCUGGAUUGUAAAGGAAAGCUAUCCACAAGAUCUCCUUACUGACUUCCUGUAUUCCUCUCGUCUCAGUUUUGCAAUCGCUGUGGUUAACGGUUCUGUGGACCUCGACAAAGGCUUCCCCUUUAUCAGUAACUGUGGCUCUUAUGCUCCCCAGAGCUGCAUUUUCGGCCAAGUCCUCAAUAUAGGAGCUGCUCUAGCUGUUUGGAUCUGCAUUGUCCGUUAUCACCAACUCCGGGACUGGGACGUCAAAACGUGGCAAAACCAGCUAAUUCUGUGGUCGGGGAUCCUCUGUGCCCUGGGUACCUCCAUAGUAGGCAACUUUCAGGAGAAGAACCAGAGGCCCACACACCUGGCAGGGGCCUUUCUGGCCUUCAUCCUGGGCAACCUGUACUUCUGGCUACAGUUCUUUCUGUCCUGGUGGAUGAAAGGCCUGCCCCAACCUGGGCCCCACUGGAUUAGGCCUCUGCGCCUGAGCCUCUGCAGCCUCUCCACCAUCCUCAUCGUGGCCAUGAUUGUCCUGCACUCCCUACAUAUGCGUUCUGCCUCGGCUAUUUGCGAGUGGGCAGUGGCCAUGUUGCUCUUUAUGCUAUUUGGCUUCUUUGCCGUGGACUUCUCCAGCUUUCGUGGCUGUACCUUGCACUUAGAACCCCGUCUGGACUCCAGCUCCUCACAAGCUCCCUCUGGGUCUCCAAAUAUACAGAUGGAAAAGGUGCUCUGACCAGACCCCAUGCUACUGGUAGAGGAAGAAAGAUGGGGCCAACCUAGGCUCAUCCAACAAUACACUGGAGGCUGAUGUGGACAUUCUAAUGAACGCACAACAAAGUGGAUUUGUGCUCCCUGCUUUGAGAGGCAGUAUCUUGGUACCCACCUGUCCCUGUGAUCAGAAGCACCCCAGGAAUUGAGAGGCGAAGGCCAGCCAGCUGUCCCUGAUCAAGGCUAUUUAUUUUUGUUGUUGUUGUUGUUGUUGUUGUUGCCGCCGGCGGAAUCAGACACAGACGCAGGCAGGAUCACGCGAAACCAGAAUUCCUUCCAGGAGAGCAAAUCCGUACAGAAGGUCAUAGGGGAGGGGGAGAAGGACC